ACCUUUCUCCCUUUCUCCUUCUCUCUCUCUCUGUUUGCAUCUCAGUUACCCCACCACCGCGACUGGCCAAAUUUGAUAUCAUUUUCAUUAUUGAUAUAUAGAUCUAAUUUUUGACGCCGCUGUGUCCUCAUCGAUUAUUAUAUUGCUAAUUAUUUGAAUUUUUCGGCUCUAAAAAUACGAGAAAAGUCAGCAGAAGAAGGUGCGCGGUGGCAGCAAAAUGUGCUGGAAAUUCAAUCCGCUUAAAGCCUUGCGCGUUGUUGAGGUACAAGUCGGCACACGAACGUUCGAGGCUCACGAGCUUCAGAAGCUGAUUCCACAGCUCGAAGAGGCGAUAUCUCGGAAGGAUGCACAACUCAGACAGCAACAGACAAUUGUUGAAGGACAUAUUAAGAGGAUUUCCGAGUUGGAGGGAGAGGUUACCACGCUUCAGAGAGAAUGCGACAAAUUGCGUUCCGUACUGGAACAAAAAGCUCAAUCAGCUGCCAGCCCCGGCGGACAACCACCAUCACCAUCUCCACGUACCGAUCAACUUGGCAAUGAUCUACAGCAAAAGGCCGUGCUACCGGCCGACGGAGUUCAACGAGCCAAAAAGAUUGCCGUUUCAGCAGAGCCGACGAAUUUUGAGAAUAAGCCAGCCACACUUCAACACUAUAAUAAGACUGUCGGAGCCAAACAAAUGAUACGUGACGCCGUGCAGAAGAACGAUUUCCUGAAGCAAUUGGCAAAGGAGCAAAUAAUUGAGCUCGUCAACUGUAUGUACGAGAUGAGAGCACGCGCCGGACAAUGGGUUAUACAAGAAGGAGAACCUGGAGAUCGACUUUUCGUCGUUGCCGAAGGAGAAUUGCAAGUUUCACGUGAGGGAGCUCUUCUUGGAAAAAUGCGCGCCGGGACCGUUAUGGGAGAGUUGGCUAUUCUCUACAACUGCACAAGAACCGCAUCAGUUCAAGCAUUAACCGACGUACAAUUAUGGGUGCUGGAUCGAUCCGUAUUCCAAAUGAUUACACAGAGAUUGGGAAUGGAACGUCACUCGCAGUUGAUGAAUUUCUUGACAAAGGUAUCAAUCUUCCAAAAUUUGUCGGAAGAUCGCAUCUCAAAGAUGGCCGACGUCAUGGAUCAGGACUAUUAUGAUGGUGGACAUUAUAUCAUUCGACAGGGUGAAAAGGGUGACGCAUUCUUCGUAAUCAACUCAGGACAAGUGAAAGUCACCCAACAAAUCGAAGGAGAAACCGAGCCCCGAGAAAUCCGUGUGCUCAAUCAAGGAGACUUCUUUGGAGAACGUGCACUGCUCGGCGAGGAGGUCCGUACAGCCAAUAUUAUUGCACAAGCUCCAGGAGUUGAAGUACUUACUUUGGAUCGAGAAUCAUUCGGAAAGCUUAUCGGAGAUCUUGAAAGCCUUAAAAAAGACUAUGGAGAUAAGGAACGUUUGGCUCAAGUUGUCCGAGAGCCGCCGAGCCCUGUGAAGAUUGUCGACGACUUCCGAGAGGAGUUUGCACAGGUUACACUGAAAAAUGUGAAGAGGCUAGCGACACUUGGAGUUGGAGGAUUUGGAAGAGUUGAACUUGUCUGUGUAAAUGGAGAUAAGGCAAAGACGUUUGCGCUGAAGGCUCUGAAGAAGAAGCAUAUUGUUGAUACCCGGCAACAGGAGCACAUCUUUGCCGAGCGGAAUAUUAUGAUGGAAACUUCAACUGAUUGGAUUGUCAAGCUUUAUAAGACUUUUAGAGAUCAAAAGUUUGUGUACAUGCUGCUCGAGGUAUGCCUUGGCGGUGAACUGUGGACGACACUCCGCGAUCGAGGACACUUUGACGAUUACACCGCCCGUUUCUACGUGGCCUGCGUGCUCGAGGGUCUCGAAUAUCUGCAUCGCAAGAAUAUUGUCUACCGAGAUUUGAAGCCCGAAAACUGUCUGCUCGCCAACACUGGAUAUCUGAAACUUGUGGAUUUCGGAUUCGCAAAGAAACUCGCGUCUGGAAGGAAGACGUGGACAUUCUGUGGAACACCGGAAUACGUGUCACCUGAAAUUAUUCUCAAUAAGGGACACGAUCAAGCCGCCGACUAUUGGGCUCUUGGAAUAUAUAUCUGUGAACUGAUGCUCGGACGGCCACCGUUCCAGGCUAGUGAUCCUAUGAAGACGUAUACAUUGAUCCUAAAGGGAGUAGACGCACUGGAGAUUCCGAAUCGUCGGAUUGGAAAGACGGCGACGGCGUUGGUGAAGAAGCUCUGCAGGGAUAACCCGGGAGAACGGCUCGGCAGUGGAAGUGGUGGGGUGAAUGAUAUUCGGAAGCAUCGGUGGUUUAUGGGAUUCGAUUGGGAAGGAUUGAGAAGUAGGACGUUGAAACCUCCAAUUCUGCCGAAGGUGUCCAACCCAGCAGACGUGACGAAUUUCGACAAUUAUCCACCAGAUAAUGAUGUUCCACCAGACGAGUUUUCCGGAUGGGAUGAGGGAUUCUAGGCGUCCGAUCUUGCUCUUCUGCUGCUCCGUCGUUUUGUGCUCAUUCUCACCCCACCAAAACCGCCCAAAUUUUCAUAAUUUUCAGUCGAUUUUCAGUGUUCACUCUGUAUUAGUUUUUUUUUUCUGUGUAUAUAUAUAUAUCACCUCUCCUCAUUAUGUUCGGUUAGUGUACCGCCGCCGCCCGUCUCGCCCGCCAAAUAAAUUUCAAAUUUUCCAGAGAUUUUCCCCCCGUUUUCUUGUUCUUUUUCCACCAUGUUCACUGAGAUUCUAUGUGAUCUUUUCCGGUUUCUCUAUGAUUUUUUGAAACUCUACCGCCACUAUUUUAGUAUUCUCGAAUUUUCAUAUAUUCACCCCCUCCUCCUCUUUUUUCUCAGUUCCUCAUUUUCAGUCUAACACCAUUUUUUAGUUUCCCAACAAAAAAGUCCGAGAGAAAACUCGGCAAACUACACCACCACCAGGUAAUAUUAUUAUUUUCUAAUCCCCCCCUAAUACUGAUAUAUCUCUAUUUUCAUUUCUAUCUAAAAUCCAAUCAUUCGAAAUUGAACUAUACAUACUUUUUUUUCUUUGCUCUCUCUCUUAUGUCUCGAUUCUAUAUUUUUGAUUCUUUUCUAUGUGUUUUUUUUCGUGGAAUGAAUUAUUGAUACGAACAAGA